CACUCUCAUCUCUGCACCAUUGUUCAUCAACUUUCGGCAUGGCAAGCUUCAGAGUACCUGUGCUGCGCCAUGUUAUAUCUGGCGCAGCUCCGUAUCUACGAGCGACCCAGCGAAGAUGGGCGCAAGUCCACGAUGUUCGAUUCCUUGCCACCCAACAAUCAGACAGAGUGCUUGAGAAAUACAGAGAGAAGCUAGCCAGAAAGGCCCAAGAGGAAGGUCUGCGGGACAUCAAUGAAUUGAAGGAAGCCUACAAAGAUAAAAUUCAGCAUCUCAAGAAGAAAGCCUCGAUCCCACUUCCCAUACCCAAUGCCCCUACUGCAUCCUCGAUAGCUUCAUCACCCUUUCCCCCGCCUCCUCCAGCCCCACAAAUACCCGCCGAGAAACUCCCUUCGUCGACGCCGGGCAUCAAGACCCUCUCGUCAUACCUCGACCUGGAAAAGACCAAGGCCUUGCCCCAGAAAGAACUGGAAGCAAUAUGGCGUCUGCGGCACAUUAAUGAUGCCCAAUCACUAUGCGCCGUCAUUCCAAUUGAUGUGUACCGGACGCUCGAAGCUACAGCAAAGAAACAUCCCCAUUUCAUCCUCCCCUUGCCAAAAGAGGGGCGAGGUGCCGAGAUCCACUUGUUGCAAUGGACGUUCCCUGCGGAGAACGCUGUGACAGUACUUUUCACACAUCUUGCAGAAUUCAAGUUGAGGGGCGAGUUCAGCCAGCCACAUACGACUAUCACGCACCAUUUAGAGCUUGCGGAAGAUAAGGGUGUGGUGUUGCUGCAAGGACAGGUGGUGGAGGGAAGGGGAGUGAGUGUUGAUGAGGCGAAGUGGUUGGUGAUGUGCUUGCAGAAAUUUUAUGGAUUUGGUGGAGAUAAAAGCGAGAGGAAACGACUGCUGGAAUUAUUUGGAAAAGGGGACCCGGCGUUCAAAAUAGAAGAUCUGGUCGAAGAAGCUGAGAAGAUCGUUUAGACUUGGUGUAGGGAUAUGUUGUAUAUGGACAGGUGUACAAAAUUUAGAAGACCUGGGGUUUGAGUGGCGUCCGGAGUUGGUCAUUGAUGUACGAUUCUGGCUCUUAAGGGCACGAAAAUAAAGCAGGAGCACAGAGUUAAAGUCCGAACCCCCGUAAUCUUGGGAAGAAGGCUGCACGAGGACGAGGCGCCGGCAGCUCGUGCGUAAGCAAUCCACUCUUCUUCCUUUGCCAAUAUCUCUUUCUCUGUAGAUCGCCGACAAAGUUCCUGUUAGAAUGGAUAGCGUGGAUGCCCAGAAUCUCAAGUGGUCGUUUGCAAGCC